AUGACCUCAAAACGACGAGCGGCCGCCGCAGGUUCCCCAGAUAUGAAGUUUCGUAGAACGAAACGCCGAAAGGUUUCCGACGAUGAUAUCAUUCCCGAAGAGUCAAAUCGUGCGUCGUCGCAUCUGGACUCAGAGCCACCAGACGAAGCAGAUCAAACCCCGGAUUCGCAGGCCGAGUCCGAAGCCGAAGCUGAGUCCGAGGUAGAUUUUGAAGGGGAUAGCCUUCAGACUGCACAGGACAAGAUUAUGUCCGAGUUGACCCGGCUCAAAGAUUCCGAUGGCGAAGAUGUUUCCUACCCGUUCAUUGGAAAACCAGACCGGAAUCUGUAUCGCGAUUAUUAUGAGAUCAUUCAACAUCCCGUGUCCUUGCGGAGCAUCCAAAAGAGAGUCCGUGGUACAGACAGCAGGAAGAAUUCAUCCAGAAAGACCGCAUAUCCUACAUGGGAGUCCUUCGAAGAGGAGGUCAGCUAUGUAUGGCGAAAUGCUAGAGAGUACAACGAAGAUGACAGCGAUAUUGCUAUUCUCGCGGGAGUUUUGGAGGAGCACUUCCACCGACGGGUUGCGGAAGCCAAAAAGCUUGUUCCGAAUCCCCCUCAGGUAGAUGGAACCCCUGAGAUUUCUCGCAUCAAACUGAAAGUGGGCACACCUGUGCCCCAAACGGCGCAGAGGUUAACAUUGAAAAUGCCUGGGCAGAGUUCCGAUACUAUAUCCAAGGACGAUGGACAACCCUCAGAUGAGACAUCCAAGAUCGAAUCCCAAGGCCAUAAGCAAGAUAUUGCCGGAGCUGGAUUAGCAGGUCAAGAAAUCAGUAGAUCUUCUCGAGGAUGGUCUCUUGGAGGGCAACUUGACAGUUCCAGGACGAGCAAAACAACCACACCAUCUGUCUCAGAGCAACAACAGAAUGGCUCCACGAGUGCGCAAGGUUUACCGAGCUCGGCGACAAAUGCAACUGCCCUGGCAAUGUCCACCUCGCAAAAUGCACCCAAUGCAUCUUCUUUUGAUGCCUCUUCAGAUGUCACUCGGUAUUCAUCUUCAGGUUCUGCCCAUGCUCCCUACCAGCCGCAUUUUAGCUCAUCGCCCAUGGAUUCGAUUUUGAGGCGAUCAGGCCAAGAACCAAGGAUGGCUCUGAUCCGUAAUGUUCGAAUUCUUACACAUGCCUCUUUGUCGUUGCAACACGACUUUUGCUUAGAUAUCCCGCCUUCGUCGAUUCUUUCACAACAGAAUAUCACAGUCCAUCUUCCUCCAUCGCAUAAUGUACUGACGGUCAGGCCUCGUUUAGCGCCCAGUACUACCCAGCGACAGGUAAAAAUGGUCGCACUUAUGGGUAUACAACGUCUACAUUCAUCGGGCGAUGCAAAUACACACUCAUAUGAUAUUCAUCUGCACCCUGGUAUGACGAAGGUUGACUUGGAAGCUAUUGCUGGGCCGGCCAGAGGAGUCCCGAAAUCUGGCCCCCCUGGGUCAGAUGUUGAUUAUGAACGUGUCACUCUAUUCUUUAAUCUGCUACGUUAA